UUUUCGCUGCAUUUCAACGCUGUUGUGGUUAAAAGUGAACUCAGCAGUCUAGGGCCGUAUAAAGGGCCGUAAUGGUCUUGGAAAACCGUUAAAUUAUUUCAUUUUCAUCAAUUUCAUUACUGGAUUUUUAUUCCUCUUCAUUUAGGCCCAGAAAUGAAGUUCAAAUUACUUCCUCUGUUUUUACUGUUUUCUGCAACUGCAGUACAUAACGUAAUAGCUGAAGUGCGUUUCACUGCUGUGCGUUCCCGUACCUCAUGCUCUGCAGAUUGCGAGGAGUGUGUGUUGGUCACUUCUUGUCCAGUGAUGUUGGCCAACAUCCGAAAAAGGCGCGGAAACCCUAAGGUCUGUGGAUGGUCCAGUACAGAAGUGCCAAUGGUCUGCUGUCCUAGGCGCAGAACGACGACUUCGACUACAGAAACACCACCACCAACAACAACAACAACAGCGCCACGUCCUAAACACAUCAGUCGCAUCAGCCCGAAAGCAUGCGGAAGAAGACACACUUCUAUUUCUCCUGAAUAUCAACAAGGGCCUUAUCCAGUUGGAACCUUACCUUCUUCUCCUGUGCAAGGAGCUCCUUUACCGGACUUUAUCCUUCACUCGCCUCAGAGUCCACCUGCUCCUUCGCCUAUAGCUUCCCCUUUUCCUAUAUAUGGAAAGCCACCGCCUCCUCUAAUUCAAGUAGCUCCUUCGCCUCCAGCUUAUCCUUUUCCUAUAUAUGGGAAACCUCCUCAAGUUCAAGCUGCUCCUUCGCCUGUUGUUGCUAAGAUGCCUCCUCCUGAAGCCGAGAUGUUCCCAUCUUCUGGAAUGGAGUCUUCUGAAACUGGAGGAGCUGUCCUUCACGAACCACUGCUUGAAGAGUUUCUGGACCAAGGAAUUGAGCCAAGAUCUCCAGAGCCAGUAAGUUACAGUGGAGCUGCUGUGCUGGACGAAGAAGAACCAUCAGUCGACAGGGUGAAGAUUUUCACGGUGGGCGGGGAAUCGGCGGAUAAGAUUUGGCCCUGGAUGGUGGCUAUUUUCUAUGGCAACUCCUCAACGCAACUAUGCGGAGGCACCCUCAUCGAUGAAAGACACAUCAUUACAGCAGCACAUUGUUUCGUUGGCAAAAGCCUGGACCCGAAGCAUUACCGCGUCCAAGUUGGCAUCCUGAAACUGGACGAAGGGAAUGUGGACUUCUACGUGCAGGACAUCCGGCUGCACGAAGGAUACCGGUCCCGCUUCUACUACGACGACAUCGCCAUCAUGCGGCUCCCUUUCACACUACACACGGACAUCGUGCCCGCCUGCCUGCCCGGAGAAGAGAUGGUGCAGGACGGAGAUAACGUCACCGUCCUCGGGUGGGGAGACCUGAGCUAUGGUGGCGUCAGCUCGAUGCAUCUUCAAGAAGUCAACGGUCUACCUGUCGUCUCCAACGCUCGUUGCAAUGCCCAGUUUCAGAAGCUACCAGCAACCCCUUUUCCGAGGGGCAUAACUAACAGCUUCAUUUGUGCAGGGCUGGAAGAAGGAGGAAAAGAUGCUUGCCAGGGAGAUUCUGGAGGUCCACUACUGUACGAACAUGACGAGGGUCAUUGGACGCUGGUCGGUGUCGUAUCUUUUGGUUACAAGUGCGGAGAGCCAGGAUUCUCUGGCGUCUACACCAGGGUGUCCUCCUACCUUCCCUGGAUCGAAAACUACAUCAGGAGCCAGAACGAGGUCGGCGAGGAAAUCAGAGAAAUGAGGUCCCAGAACUUUGAAUACCUGGACGGAAAACCUUUGUGGAAGUCGUCGCCAAACGAGAAAGUCAUGUUUCCAAGCUGAUGACCGGCAGGCUCAAAUGGGAUGGGAGAUUCAUAGCUUUGACUCAUACAACCUUUCAGAAAAUGACUGCCAGUUAUAUCAUAGUAGAUGGAAUAAUUUCUUCAACACUUUCAUUUAACAUCAGUUACAUCUGUCAAAAGAAUUAUUGGAAGGACUUACUAUUUUAAUAAAACAAUUUGAAUUUC